AUGGCAUUUAACAUUCGAAACCCUUUUUCCAUCUUCGCAUCUGUUUGUUUAAUUUCUGCUCUUUUUGUAAGCCAUUCUUUAUGUUCGAAUGACGAUGAAUUAUUUGUUAAUAGAAAUAAUGGUUUUACACCUGCUUUAGGGACAUUGUAUGGAGCACCCAAUGGUGUUGGAUGUGGAGAAGCUUGUGGAUUGGAUGAUAAUGUAAUUAGAUUACCUCCAUUCUUAAGCAUGAUAGCAGCUGGAAAUUCUAGGAUUUUUUUGCAAGGUAAAGGAUGCGGUGAUUGUUUUCAGAUCAAAUGCAAUCGUGAGCCUUAUUGCUCUGGUAGACCGAUCACUGUUACGAUAACGUAUGAAUGCGCUGGUAAAUGUAACGAUGUUCCUUAUCACUUUGAUCUAAGCAGUCAUGCUUUCGGUGCAAUGGCACAUCCAGGACAAGCUGCAAAUCUACGUGAUCUUGGCCAAGUUGAUAUUCAUUUUCAAAGAGUUCCAUGCAACUAUGGAACAACAAAGAUUGCUUUCAAGAUUGACAAGAGUACAAGCCCUUCCUGGUUUUCAACCGUGAUAACUUAUACUGAUAAAGAUGGUGGACUUAAGGCAGUGGAGAUAGCAUGGACUGGCUCGGAUCGAUUUAUUCCAAUGAGAAAUCUUUGGGGUGCUGUUUGGGUAGUCGAUACAAACCCAUCGACCCACGGUCCAUUCUCGUUCAGGCUUACUUCUCCAACAAACAGCGUUGUUUUUGCUUAUAAUGCUGUUCCAAUGGAUUUUAAAGUUGGUCAUACUUAUUUCUCGCAUGUUAACUUUUAGUUUCGAAUGAGGCCGGACACGAAUA